AUCAAUAUCACCUGCACUAUGUGUAUAUGUUGUAUAAAUUCAUAAACUAUGUCCGGCGCCGUUGAAAAGUGAUUAGCGUGCCUGGCAUUAACCGAUCUAGAGACUUUUUCGGAAAUGUACAGCAGUAAUAUUGAAGCAAAAUUAGGAAAUUCGUUGUGUUGCUGCUCGUAAUUGGACAAUAUCCUUGAUCCUAUUCCUGCACUUAACUAUAUUGACUACGUAACUAGUGACGAAACAGGAAAUCAAAUUGAGCUUUGAAUAAAAACUUUCAACUGUGUGCCAAAGAAUGGCAGCAGCAGAACAAACAGCAUAUAGACUUGUAGUAGUUGGUGGGGGUGGUGUUGGGAAGAGUGCGUUGACUAUACAAUUUAUUCAGUCAUAUUUUGUGACCGAUUAUGAUCCCACAAUAGAAGAUUCGUAUCGAAAACAGUGUGUCAUAGAUGGUAGAGUGGGAAACCUUGACAUUCUAGAUACUGCUGGUCAAGAAGAGUUCAGUGCAAUGAGGGAACAAUACAUGAGAUCUGGAGAAGGAUUCCUGUUAGUAUUUUCAGUUGCGGAUAAAUUAAGUUUUAAUGAAAUCCACAACUUCCAUCGGCAAAUUUUAAGGGUGAAAGACCGAGAUGAAUUUCCAAUGAUUUUAGUUGGAAAUAAAUGUGAUUUGGAAACUCCACCAAGAUGUGUAACAACAAGUGAAGCCAAGGCGAUGGCAAAAGAGUUUGGAGUGCCUUAUAUUGAAACAAGUGCUAUGUUAAAAAUAAAUGUUGAUCAGGCAUUUUAUGAUCUAGUUCGAAGCAUAAGAGAAUUCCAAAAGUAUCCAGAACCUCAAAACACGGAAGGCACUCCUGACAAGAAGAGGUGUUGCACUGUGUUGUAACAUUUGUCAUAAUGUGGUUUGUCAUGACCAGAUUAUGGUCCACACAGAGGAUAAACGCUAUAGUGUAGCACUGUGCUAAGACAUUCUCGAAACCAAUAAGGAGCAAGUGCUGACAUAUUUUUAUCGCAGAUAGCUCCAUAAUCAAUUGAAUUUUUAAGACUCCUAUUUCACCUCGAAAUCAAGUGAAUCAUUCGAAAUCGGCCAUUAAUCAAUCGAUUAUUAUUCUUAUUAUUAUAAGUGACGCAGUCCACUUCUAUAACUCGCUGUAUUUUAUUCCACUAUUCCAUUUUAGAGACACGCGUCUUCUUAAGUUAUUAUUUUAGUCUGGCAAACAAUAAUGCUGUGUACGCACAGACCUUUUCCUUCCGUAUUAACAAACAUGUAAACGUGCACUGGCUUACCACGAGUAGCAACUAUUGUGAUGUCACUUACGUGCAUCCCACGUUGUUUCCGGGUGAGCAAAUCAAAGGUAAACCGAUUUUAGCCACAGGCACGAUGGCCACAUUUCAAUUCCAUCCAAACUACGUCAAAAAAUCGGUCAUUACUGAGAUCGAUCCCCGCGGACUACCUCUGUCGGCGUGCUCUUUGUUACGUCACUGAGCGCGUCUCCCACCGGUACACACGUUAACAAUCAACAGAAGCGAGUCUCAGUUGAUAUCCCACGCUAACCUUCUAAACAUUCCAAAGUCCGCAGCAUUUUCCACCCGAAACGUUUUUCCAUGAACCAAGUGUCUCAUAAUUUACCUGACAAAAUUUUAUUUCGUAAAUUAUAUUUUCCUCAAGCUAACUUCACACAUAGUUGAUCGAAUGCGGAAGUUUUAUUGCGCUCGUAUUCCUUGUGUGUAAGCAAUGCAAGGUUCACAUUUUCAUUGAAUUUUUAAUCAAUAUGUUUUCAACGAAACCCGACCUUUCGUGCAACAGCCACCUGUAUCGGUUAAAACGUUCCUUUAUGUUUGCAUGCUGAGAAAUCUCAAUGUUUAAACUGCACGUUCUGCGACAGUUAGAAAAUGACGCAAAUCGGUAUGCGUCAUAAUCACCUGCAUUAUGACUUAUGAUCAUCAAUCUAACAUACGGGUUGUAUCAGCGUGUGACGAUUAGUAGGCCUUUGUCGUUUUUCUAACUUUGUGGCCACUAGCGCCAGUGCAUUUCGUGCUUUAUCGCUUUGGUUUAUAAUUGUUUGCUGAUUUUCAUCAUGUAUCAAAUGUAAUCAGAAAUGUUCCAUGUGGGGCUCCCGCUGUUACACCCUUUCAAUAACUGAAGUUGCUGAUAUCUAUGUUUUAUAUAUGUCGCAAGUAUUUAGACACGAGGCAGCCUAUAAUACGUUCUUUGUUGACUUGUUCUUUAUUAAAACGAUGCGAAUAUGUAAUGUGAAAUCAGUCUAACCAAACCGUUUUACCCCUUCAGCCAUUAAUAUAAGCAAUUGCUUGCUGGAUGUCAUGUUGUUAGUACAUAAGCACUCUUAUAUCAUACCGUGAUUAGCUAUCUUAUUUGUUAAGCUACCCGUUUUAACCAACAAUUUUGAAAUGACGAAUAAUA